GCUUUUGAGUUUCCAGCUUCUGGUCUUUUGGGCAGUGAAGAUCAUGAGGAAAGCUCAUCUUUCGCCAUUUUCAUCACGCUUGUACAACUCUGGAAACAAUGAAGUUCAGAUGCCUUAUUUGGAUGUCCUUUUGCAGAUGGAAAGCAAAGGGAAUGGGGAUGGAGAUGCCUUUUCUAUGGAACCCAAAAUCUUGGACAAUGACAACCAAAUAAGAUAUGGGGCCUUUGAUAUUCCUUACCAAUCCCACUUCAACUCUAAUUUCUUACCAGGUUAUCAGUAUGGUAGCUCCAAAUUUGACCACAAUUUCCAGCAAUCUAUAGUGAUUCCACAUUUUGAAUCGGGAAACACUCAGAACUUUCAAAAUGGAAGGAAACACGAGAUCAACGGUGAGCCGAUUAAUGGAAUGGAUGAGAGGAAUAAGAACAAGAGAAAGAAGUUGUCCUCCUUUGAACAACAGAUAUCUCAUCAAACCAUGCAAGAAUUAGCAGAAAUCAAACAUUUCAGGUUGAAUAUGCCAGUAAGGAGAAGCCAGAAGCUAAGUGACAAAAUCACAACUCUUCAAAAGUUGGUUUCCCCCUAUGGAAAAACAGAUACGGCUUCAGUCCUUCAAGAGGCUUCUCUUUAUAUCAAACUUCUCCAAGAACAAAUUCAGAUGCUGAGCAGUUCAUACAAGAGUCUCAGAUCUAUUCAUCCACAGGAAAUUGGAAAGAAGCAACAAGAUCUAAGAAGUAGAGGACUUUGCUUGGUUCCCAUCUCAUUUACCGAGACAGUGACAAAGGAAGAACAAUCAUCGCUAGAAAAUUUUAAAUAAUAUGUAAAUGCAAAAGCAUUGCCAUACUUUUAUCCCUUUACAUAUACUAUAUUUCCAAUUGUAAUUGCUGAAAUUUAUUAGGGAAAAAUAGUUGCAUUUGGUUU